AAGGAGAGGAUUCACCCAAGAAAUCUGUUGUCAAGAACCCUGCAUUUAUAGACACAACAUCCCUAGACAAGAUACUUGCUCAAGAAAAUGAACUGAAAGCUGAGGACUGUGACUCAUCCCUCCCUGGGCUGGAGUAUAUUUCACACACUUUGUCUUAUUCCACAACUCAACAGGGCAACCAGGGACACCAGGGAGCUGCAACUUCACCUGAAACCACUGGGGCCAUCCAAGCAGGGGUUAAAGACAAAUUGACACCUUCCACAUCCCCACAGAGGACAGUUUAUUUCUCAUUCAAACAGCCUCACCUUCCUGACAUGGGCUCUUCAGAGACGUCCAGGGUUAAGACUGAGAAUUUGUCCUCACCCAGCACUAUGCCCUGGUUAUCAGAUCCCUUUGCUUUGCCUCAAAACUCAAACAGAAGACUAUCAAGUCCCUACUUGCCCUCUGCAACCUCACGCAGACAGUCAGAAGGUGGCUUUUCUCUGCAUUACCCCUACAACUCCUUUGCUCGCCGCUGGGGUCCUAAAAGAAGAUUGUCCUUGGGGGAAAAUCCUUUGUGGACUAGUUACCCCCACCAGGACAGUCAAGCCGGUUUCAUAGACACACACUGCCAUCUCGACAUGCUCUAUGGGAAACUUGGCUUUUGUGGGACAUUCAGCAGCUUUAAACGGUUUUAUCGGAACAGCUUCCCUCCACAGUUUCAAGGCUGUAUUACGGACUUCUGCAACCCCGAGGUCAUGGUGAAGGAGGCCCUGUGGGAACGUCUGCUUGCUGAGGACAUGGUAUGGGGGGCGUUUGGGUGCCACCCCCACUUUGCCAGAAACUAUUCAAGCAUUCAAGAACAAAAUAUACUGACAGCAAUGAGGCAUCCCAAAGCUGUGGCAUUUGGUGAGAUGGGGCUGGACUACUCUCACAAAAACUCCACUGAACCCUCCAAGCAAAAAGAGGUGUUUGAGCGUCAGCUGCGUUUGGCUGUGGCUAUGCAGAAGCCUCUGGUGAUCCACUGUAGGGAUGCGGACGAUGACCUGCUGACAAUCAUGAAGAAGUGUGUUCCCAGGGAAUAUAAAAUUCACAGGCACUGUUUCACAAACAGCUAUCCAGUGAUUGAGCCCUUCCUGACAGAGUUCCCCAACCUGUAUGUGGGCUUCACAGCCGUCAUCACCUAUUCCAGCGCCACCAAGGCCCGGAAUGCUGUCCGCCAGAUUCCUCUGAAUCGCAUUGUGUUGGAGACAGACGCACCGUAUUUCCUGCCAAGACAGGUGAGUAAAGGUGUCUGCCGGUUUUCACAUCCUGGAAUGGGCAUCCACACACUGCAGGAGCUCAGUCUGCUGAAGGGGGAAGACAUGGCCACGGUCCUGGACACCAUCCGAAACAACACCACUCAGCUGUACGGUAUAUGAUCUUCAGAGUACGUAAAACUAGUGAGACAGGUAAACAGAGUCAGGCUGUUCUGUUCGUGAUCAGCAGUAGAGUGUGAAGGCGUAAUGCUGCUUAAACAACCUGAGAGACUCAAAAAUCGAUCUUCAAAGAAUGCAAAGACUGAAAACGCCUUCUGUCAAAUAGAUCAUAUUUCGUAUCAUUGUUCAUGCAAAUUAAUUUCACGUUUCAAUAAUUGACAUUACCUUUUUUUUUUUUACUUGUUUGGAUGUUUGUGUGAUUUUUGCUGUGUUUAGUUUGGUUUGAUGUCCUGGGGCCAUUUUAAAAGCCUUCACUUGUUGUUCUGUGUUCUUCAUAUAUGUUUUGUUGAACUGCCCCUUAAUACAAACACAAGUGCUGCUGAAAGAGAGCAUGAAGAUGUAAAUUUGGACUCUGAUAUGAUGAAGCAAACAUGUUUGGUGUUCGAGCAAAGCUGUAAGACGAGUCUGUUAGGCUUGCUUUAGUAGUACCUUGUUCGUCACACAUUUGGCUUGAGUGCUUUUUAUUUUGAGACCGAUUAGCCGUAUGACAUUCUCUGGUGGUUGGAGGAGGCCACCUAGGGACUGCAUUCAUGGUAGAUGCAUGUCUUGUAUAUAAGGUUUAACGAGAGGUAUGGGUUAAAAUGCAUGGAUUUCACAUUUUGCCAGUUUCUCAAUGAAACCUUGUAUUCUAUCCUUUUCGGAAUGUAGGUCAGAGCACUCUUAAGUUCGUGGCUCUUUAUCUGUCCUCAAUAAUAAAGGCUUUAAUGUGGACUGAAGGACAGAAAGGAGCAUCACGCAGUGUGUGCUUUUCUGUGUGUGUGACCUAGUUACUGAGGUUUGGGCAGGAUGUUUUCCAGCCUUGAUUUUCUAAGUUAGUGAUUCUGUGUUUCUUAAAGUGAAUAA